GACCGACAGACACCUGCCAGAUGUUGCUCAGGUCCAUUCCUCUGUAGUCUCUCGUGCGCCCCAUCUCGCUGCUCUCCAGUUUGGAUUAAAAUUUAAGAGACGAUUCUUCCUGACACGAGCGGCGUCCAAGUGAUUCAGUUUCCUUCCGAGCCAUGCUGCCUUCUCACAGUCGCUGUUGCUGAUACAAAAUGAUUAGUUUAGGGAAUUAUUUGCUCGCCGUGCUGGCCUUUUCAGCAACCAUAUCAUCAUCGGUGUCGCAGCUGCCGACGAACGCGGGCAAUGGCGACCUGUGGCCUCUGGAGCGGCCGACUGGCAUGGUGGCCAUCCAGAGUCUGGAAGUCAUGUGCGGCAAGGAGCACAUGGAUGUCCAUCUAAAAUUUACAGGACCUUUUGAUGGCCUCGUCUUCUCAAAGGGUCAGUACGGAGACCCUCGGUGCGUUUACGUGGCGCCGCGGGGCGGCGGUUCGGGCAGCGCGGAUCAGUCGCGGACGCACUUCACGUUCCGGAUCGCGUACCGACGGUGCGGCACCAAGCCGGAUCUGCACGGCCAGUUCUACGAGAACACGGUGGUGAUCCAGUACGACCGCGACCUGCUCGAGGUGUGGGACGAGGCCAAGCGGCUGCGCUGCGAGUGGUUCAACGACUACGAAAAGACGGCGUCCAAGCCGCCCAUGGUCAUCGCUGACCUCGACGUCAUCCAGCUCGACUUCCGCGGCGACAACGUCGACUGCUGGAUGGAGAUUCAGCACGGAAAGGGACCCUGGGCUCCACCCGUCAGCGGCAUCGUCCCUCUCGGAUCCACCCUCACCCUUGUCAUUGCCAUCAACGACCACAGAGGUGAAUUUGACAUGAGGGUGAAAUCUUGCUCGGCGAGCGACGGCAGCGGGGGCCACGUGAUCCAACUUUCAGACGAGCGGGGUUGCGUGUUGCGUCCGAAGAUGGUGAGUCGCUUCCUGAAGGCGCGCACGGCCGACGAACGCGCCUCCGUCAUCACCUACGCCUUUUUCCACGCGUUCAAGUUCCCAGACGCCCUCUCCGUCCACAUCGACUGCAAGGUCGAGAUUUGUCGCAAGGGCUGCCAGGAGCACUGUUUCGAACCGGCCCUUGCUGCUCAGCAAAACGGACUUCCACUUGCCUACCAUGGCCCUCCGAUCGAGCGUCGUGAGGACCUGCACAACUCUGCCGCUGAAGAGGCCUUCCAGGACAUGCCGCAGAAUUCUGUGCAGCCGCCGCCCAAACCCAAGCACCGCGGCCAAUACCGCUUCCCUCAGGGACCCCGGCAGCUCUACCACGAUUCAAAUGAAACGGAGACUGCGCAGCCAGUGAGGCGAGUGCGUCGUUUCGUGGCCAAGUCGUCCGCCGAGGACGUCGGAGUGUCUGGUCUGUACGAGGUCAUCAGCGAGACAGACUUGGCCUUUGCUGUGGACAACAGACCGGAAAACGUUGAGGUUUACCAGGGCCAACGGCAGUCUGACGAGGACGUGGUCUACGGGAUCUGCCUGCCGGUGCAAAGUUUCGGCGCCUUGUUCGUGGUGCUGGGCGCGCUGGCGGUGGCGGCGUCGCUGUUCGCCGGCACCCUUUUCCACCGGUACCAGAAGCAGCGCGAGACGCAGCGCGUGUCCGCCUGGCUCAGCCUGCGCAGUUUCCUGUCGCUCGCCGGCCUCCAGCAGCACCAAGACCAGCAGUAAAUUUUCAUGAAAACGAACAAGAGACUUUGAAUCAAAAAAGUAGUAGCUGGACACUCUCCUAGUCUCAUGCAGUUGAGGCGCCAUUCCUCCAGUCAUUUGUCCGCUCAGGACUAGCUCUGCGGUUGCGGUUGGUUAAUCUCAAUGACUCCCAUUUGUAAAUACCCCACCACACAUUAUCCACACACACACAAGUGCAUUAUUUCCCCAAAUAUGCAGUCUUCCUUCCGGGAGGGAUUCAAUUGUGUACAUAAUUAUGGCGAAGAAGAAAAGCGGCAGAAGAAUAAUUAGUUAUUUUUAUUUAUUGUUUUACUCUGUAAGUGUGUGAAAAGUUCAUGGGUAGCGCCUUUUUGUUUUAAUUAUAUCCGAAUCUAUGCCAUCAGUAUUAAUGUGAAACGAAAAAAAUGCUCAAAAGCUGGACUUUCGGCUGCAAGAAAUCGACUGCAAAUCAAAAGAUAUAAAAAAAAGUGAAGAUUUUUGUUCGCUUUCUAAAGAAAAAUUAUUGUGAAAAUAAAUGUGCGCAGACUUUUCGCUCAAUCCCACCUCUCUUUCCGCGAUCACACAGGGUUCUUUGUUAUCAUAAAUAGAAUAUAUAUUGAAAUAGGGCGAACGUUUCUUUCUGUCUUGUGUUGUGUACCUCUCUGUGUAUUUAUUUUAUUUAUUUAAUAUCGAUCAAUGCCAAAAACGGCGGCCGUCGCUGCCGCUCUGUUAUUACGUCUUCCAAACAAUCGGCGGAAUUUUCUCUGUAUUUUUUCUUCACCGUUUGUAUGCGUGUGCGAGUGUCAUCUUGCCGGCGAAAAACAAAAAUGGGAACUCACUGUCAGCACGUGUCAAGUGCUCUGGUGUACUAAUUAAUAAUCUACGUUUUAAACAAUUUUUUUUGUGUAAAAGGUCUUCGCUGGCCUUGGCAAAAGAAGCAUUACUCUAACAAAUGAUUUAUUUAUUAUAAAUUAUAUCAUGACUUAAUUUAUUGACAAUACAUAAUUUUUAAUAUCCCCGAAGGCACCAUAAACAACUUGCUCAACAUUUUUUAGGAAAAGAGUAAAAAGAAAACUAGGAGCAGCAGGGUGCGUGUCAUCAAUUGUUGUGUUCUGCGGAAUCAAUACUCAGUUUGCUCAAUAAAAACAAUCUUAUAUAA